AGGGAUUCAGUGGUAGUGAGUGAAAGAGGAGGAGGAGGAGAGAAGAAGAGGACCGAGUCUUGUUUUCUCAGUAGAUGCAGCAUCUCUCUGGAGAAGAAGUCGUUCCUCUUACUGGAUCAUCCAGCAUCUCGGAUUUUGUUGAGACGGCUGAAAUGGGAAACACCACGAUGGAUAACAGCACCUCGACACAUCCCGAUAGAAACUCCUCAAUGCCGGAGAACUCGCUGGAGGUUCAGCUGGUCACCAUAUCUCUGUCGCUGCUGAUCUGUGGGGUGGGAAUCGCUGGGAACGUCAUGGUGGUUUUGGUGGUGAUCCGUACCAAGCAUAUGAUGACCGCAACCAACUGCUACCUGGUGAGUCUGGCGGUGGCCGAUCUGACAGUUCUGCUGGCCGCCGGCUUGCCCAACAUCUCCGAGGUCGUGGCUUCGUGGAUCUACGGCUACGCCGGCUGCGUUUGUAUCACGUACCUGCAGUACCUGGGCAUCAACGUCUCGUCUUGCUCCAUCACAGCCUUUACCAUCGAGCGCUACAUCGCCAUCUGCCACUCCAUCAAAGCCCAGUUCAUCUGCACCGUGUCACGAGCCAAGAAGAUCAUCGCCUGCGUUUGGAUCUUCACGUCUCUGUACUGCAUCAUGUGGUUCUUCCUGGUGGACACAAAUGAGACGGUUUAUGCUAAUGGCGUCGUGGUCCGGUGUGGAUAUCGGGUGUCCAGGAACCUCUAUAUGCCCAUAUACUUCCUGGACUUCACCUUGUUUUAUGUCGUUCCUCUCGUCGUGGCUUCGGUUCUGUACGGUCUGAUCGCCAGGAUUUUGUUUCGGGACCCACUGCCGAUGAAUCUGUCAGAGCAGAGGUUCUCCGUCCAUCAGGGCCGACGGCAGAGUUCAGUGAAGGUGUCCUGUAAAACAAACAGUGCGACAUCCAGAAAACAGGUCACAAAGAUGCUGGCAGUGGUGGUGGUUCUGUUCGCUCUCCUCUGGAUGCCGUACCGGACUCUGGUGGUGGUGAAUUCCCUCAUGGACCCGCCGUAUCUCAACACCUGGUUCCUGCUCUUCUGUCGCAUGUGCAUUUACACCAACAGCGCUGUCAACCCCAUCAUCUACAACGCCAUGUCACAGAAGUUUCGCGCUGCUUUUAAGAGGCUCUGUGACUGUAAACGCAGGUCAGAUCAGGGCCGAGCUGGAAAAUGCACCGUAAGUGUUUACUACAGCGUCAUAAAAGAAUUCUCCAGUGAAAACAACGCACAGAGAGCAGGGAAGAAACACGAUGGUAUGAAGACAGACACGCUUGAUCUGAGCACAUUAAUGUCAGGAGCCCCUGAUUCAUGAAAAGUGAAAAUAAGUGAUGUAGUUAAUGGAUGAUUUGGCUAGAAGUGAGCUGCAUGCACUACUAUAAAAGCAAGUUAUGAUUUAAAAAUUCCAAAUUGCGAUAUAUAAACUGGCAAAUCUGAGAAAAAAAGUCAGAAUUGUGAAAU